GAAUUAAUUUCCCUGAUACAAGUUGGGGUUGUAACCGAAAUGGAGACUUCUCCCUGCAGACUCUCCCCACCAAGGCAGGGGCAUUUCACGUGCAGUACCCCACAUGUGGCUCUUGCACGUUAGGGCUGAGGAAGGCAGAGGUUGCCCUUGGCAAACAUAGAGGGUGAAAAGGUCUCGUGGAAGGAGCAGACCUGGAGGUCACUGCCAUCUGUAGGUGGGGGACCCUCAGGAGUAGGCGGCCAUCGCGAGGCACCAUUCCAAGCCCACGGGGCAGCAGAGCCCUUCUGGCAGCCCAGGGCACUGCAGGGGGCUGGGUACAGCUUGGGCUGCAGAGAGGACAGAGCCCACAUGCACUCUGCAGUUCCUUCCAUGGGGAUGUGGGUUAUCACACUGCUUUGGUCACCGCAUAACUGCCCCAGUGUCUUCCAACUGCCCUGGAACCUGUUCCAUGCCAACCGACCAUCAACAGCCAGCAGCAACAGGCACCACCAGGGCAUGGAAUGCCCUAAGAAAGCCGAAGCAGGAGGCUCCCAGGGCUCGUAUCCUUCCUGAGCGUGUCCCCAACGCACUGCAGAGCCCCUGGGCUUACAGGGCAGCUCCAGGGGUGACGGGGCAGCAGCUGCACCAGGAGAACCUGAGCUCUCUGAGCUGAGCUGAUGGCUGAAGCAAUGGCCACCAUGGACAACGAGGACCUGUCAGGCUACAUCAGCAUGCAGUACAGGAAGAAUCUCCUGCCCUUGCUCAAGAAACUCAAACUGACCGAGGAGGACUCUCUGUCUCCAUUUAUUCGCCUCCAAGAGAAGAAGAAAGAAGCCCAACAGAUGCAAAAGGUUCUGGAGAUGAAGGAAGAGGCCUUCAGGGUGAGGAUGGAGGACAUCACCAGCCGGUGGAAGGAGCUCCGGGCCAAGGAAGAUGAGCUGAAGGCUCACAUGAAGAAAUCUCAGAGGACCCUAAAGGAAAAUGAUAAGAUGCGAAUCCAAGCUCUAAAGAAGGCUGGCAAAGAAAGGGAGAUGAAGAAGCAGAAGGAGAGCGAGCUCUUGAGAGCUAAGGAGGAACUGGAAGCCCUGAAAAAUAAGCACCAGAAACUCAGCAACAGAGUGCAGAACUACUCCAUCUUUGGAACAUACCUGGAGGAUGUGGUGAAUAUCUCACAGUUUGAGGAGAUCCCGGAAAUCAUUCGUCACUACAAGAAGCUAGUGAGGAUGCGCAAGGCCCUGCUGCAAGCAGAACGAGGGCUCAGGGAGGCACAACAGCAAGCCAAGGAACUCACCCAGUAUGCUGAAGAUGAGAGCCUGCAGUACAACAGCGACCAGGAUCAGCUUGAACUACGUUCUCACCAGGCUCAUAGGGAUAUUCUCACCUGGGAGUCUCGGUGGGCUGAUGUGCAGAAAACAGCUGCCAAGAAAACUCUGGAACUGGGGACCAUCAAGAUGGCCAUCCUCGGCCUCUUCCAGCACGUGAAAAAUCAGAUGGAAACAAGCCUGAACGUUCCAGUGGAUGACAGCUACACACAACUGAACAUGAUUCAGCAUUUUAUCCAAGACCUCAUGGACAUCUCAAUGGAGGUGAAAAGAAAGGGCAUACGGAGCCAUUAGCAAGCAGCUAUGCCCACGGGACUGUGAGGAAGAUGCCAACUUGACCUGGUCUUCCAGUAAAGGCCCAGCAGGGUGGGAAGGGCGAGAGAAGGACAGAGAGCCCCACAGAUGUUGUAGGCUCCACCGUAGGUUGUGUCAGUGAAGUUUCAUACUUUUCUUGCCCUUCUCUCCUGCACUGUCGCUGACACCUUUUCAUAUAAUUAAAAAAAAACAAUGUGUUUUAAGAUGUAU